AUGAGCAGCUCCCCAGACACAGAGCCCGAGUCGGAAGGUGGAAGGCCGUUCCUGCAUGCAGGAAUCCUCAAAGCAUCAGCCAAGGUCUGUUACAAGGGUGUCUUUUUCUUUUGUCUUGUCGACGGCUUCGUGUUGGUGAUCUUCCUGUCGUGCCUGCCGAAGAUAAUGUCUGACAGCAGCGGCUGGGCUGGCCCCUGCUUCAGCUAUGGUUUCCACUGCUUCAUGCAAUGGGUGGAGAGGGAUCGCGGCCCAGGCAGAGUCCGCAGGUUGCUGCAGUCCUCGGCGUACGAAGACUUGGACGCACGCUGA